UAUGAUAUGGAUUACUGGUUUCACGGAUUUUUUUUGGGAUUUUUUUUUUUCUGCGUUGUUUUAAAAAUUUGCAUGUUGGUUCAACGCUGGAUUUAACUUUGUUGUUUACGCUCGGACGUCUGACCUGACAGGUAAUUUUUCGUGGGCGGAUUGCGCUAAAAAAAACACUCAAAAAAGCUUAUUUUUUAACAUCUGCUAGUUCUCAGUUUUCCUUCCUCUGAGUUUGACCGCGCGGACAAAAGCUGGAUACGAAAACUUUCUGUUAUCAACAAAGAUGGUAGCAGAAGGGAGAGAGGCUUCAAUCGAUUAUGUAGCUUCAAAUUCAUAAGGUCAUUCCUAUCAGAGAAAGACAAUUACUAAGAGUAUGCCUUUACUUCUGUGCUGUUGUGCCUCUGAAAGGAGAAAACAGUUCAGCGAAGUCCAGUUUGAAGUGCUAUGAAUUUCGGCCCGUCUUCAUCAGCCGCUAGCAACGAUGGAAUCAACAACUCUUUUCAAAGACUUUCUGUUACUCAAAUCUCCCCAACGGACAUCAGAAAGAAUGUUUGGACGCUUCAGAAGGCGUUUAAAAGCGUGAAUCAGACUGGUAAUGUGUGCUUGAAACUUCAGCAUGCUUCCAGAGGCUUCAACCAUUUUGGACAAGGUGUUGCUCUUUGCGAGAUUUUCAGUGAUAUCGGUCAGAAAUUAGUUGAUCGUUCAAAGAUUGUACUGGCAAGAGAGUGUUUAGUGCGGCUUGAAGCUUCGGCCAAGUUUGUCAGAGAGCUAGAGGAUGCCGUGGAAAACUACACCUCCUACCUAGAGAGUGAAAGAGCAAUUCCAACCGAGUUUCCAUUCAAAGUGGACCGAUUCCACGACAUUUGCCACACGGCCAAGUCGCACUGUAUGUACCGGGUAGCUAUAGCAGAACUCAUUUCCUCCGAUCCGUGGCUUGGGAAAUGUGUACCAGACAUGCGGGAUGAUUUGAAAAUCGUAUCUAAAACCCUCUCUCAGCUGGCAGGGACUGCUUUGUCCCUCAUUUCAACGAUCCUAUCUUGUGUGUUGCGCCUGGCCGAGAAAUGUAAAUGGGAUUUGAGUCAGCAAGAUUUAAGCUCUGUUUGCCAGGGAAUUGAAGAUUUCAAUCGUCUUUUUGAGUACGCUACAAAUUUUCAGAACGAUGGAAGGGAAUUACUAAGUUUGAGCGAGGCAAGAGAUUUUUUACAGUCGAAGUAUCAUUCAAGUGUAUUUUCGUCCACAGCUGUUCGAAACUCAACUGGUGAUGUUUAUUUACUGACAUUGAACAAACUUUUGAAUGGCGUGGCUAGUGAACGCUGUAGAAUUUUGGCCGGAAAUGUUCAUAAAUUCGUUAGCGAACAUCAAGAGGUAUCACGGACGUUAGAGUACGACUUUGCCGCAAACUUCGAGUGGAAAGACUUUGGUGUGGUAUGCACAGGAGGCAAUAUGAGAUUAGAAGGCACACUGAAGAAUGGGGUGCUGUCGGUUUUAAACCGAAACCAUAUCCCAUUGUUGAAACUUGAUCCCGAUUCACCAUUGUUAUUGUAUGAUUCACAGGAACAGAAAUUUUUCAGUAAUUUAAUAUCACAACUUGCAACCUCAACAACACUUAUUUUAGGCCGUCAUGUCAGCGGAGAGAGAAAAAAUGUUAUCCAGCUACCACCAUUACAGUCACUGACCUCAAGGUCAAGAGCAGCAGCAGGUACAGAACAAGAGGCAGCAUCAGGAACUGAGGAGGGAGGGGUGUGCAGUAGUUCCUCGUCACAGCAGGAGGGCCAUGGCAUCCUUAGACACACCCCAGGGCAUGGGUCUCCAAGGCUCAGUAAGCGUGUUCAGUGGCAUGCACCCCUAGAUUCGGAAACCACCAAGCUGUUACACUUUCAAUACAGCAGUGUGCUUUGGAGCAGUUUUGGUGAAGAACUAUUGAACGUGAUGUCGCAAAAUCCAGUUUCUUUCAGCUCAGGAGAUGCUUUCAUUGGCCCAUUGUUUCUGUGGCCUGAUUUCCUUCUGAUAGUUGUUAUGCGCAUGAUGGAGUCUUUGCGUUUGUCUGGCUGUUUGCCACCAGCUGGUGCCAGUUCCCUUCAAGCUGUCAGCUGUUACCUCCAUUGUAUGGCUUCUGCAUCAAGCUGGGAUUCAGCUUUUUGCAAUGUUCUUGGAACAUCACUGAAUGACAGAUGCCGCAUGGACAGUGACCUUACAGUAGGAGUCCCAGGCACACGGACAAUACAGCAGUUGAUCAGUUUGUUUGACCCCCUAGACAGCAUCUUUGAAAUGGCAGGUUAUUGGAAACGAUCAUCCAAUCAGCCGGAACUUCAUUCCAACAGAGUUCCUAAAACACUAACAUUAUCACUUUUGCCAAGUCUUUGCCGUCUUCAUGCACUACUGUCUUUCAGUCUAAACUGGUUUGACACAAAGAUGCAUCAGUUUUUAGCAUCCUGGUCCUUAGAGCAGUUCUUGUUACUCAUGCAGUGGGACUUGCCUAUGUUUCUGGAAUCAGUCAAGAAGGCAUUGCUCCUUGUCCAAACGUUGUGUGUUGUUCAAGAUGACAGUAACAGUUGGAACUCUCUUUCAGUGCACUAUGGUCGUUUACAGGAACAAAGAAACAGCUUUGAGGGAAUGCUGAAGAAGUCAUGGGUUCUUCUGUCAAAAGAUUUGACAAAAAUGUCAACAGAGUUCUUUCAGGAGGCUAUGCCAGUUGGAAAGAGUUGGAAAAAGAGUCGCCAUUCAGGAGUACCUCACCAACGUAACUCUUAUGCAGAACAUGCAGUGUUUCAGAUUUUGGAACCAGUAGUGGACAGCUCACAAGGAUUACCGGAAGAAAAUCGACUGAAUGUGCUGACGCUUGUCAUAGACACUAUGAUGGAGGCAUGGAGUGACUGGAUUCUUAAGCAAGAAAUUGUUUUUAGUUUUUAUGGUGCCCAGCAGCUUAGUUUAGACUUUGGUUACAUCAAAGUUUGGCUUGCCUCUGAAUCAAAUAAUCUCUCUCCUGAGAUCCAAUCACACCUCUUGAACUUGGAUGUGUUUCGGCACCUUGACGGUGCUGUUCGUCUGCUGAUGUUGCAACCAAGAAAAAAGAAGCAGACUCCAGAAGAUUAUGAUGAAGAGCUGGAAUCAAAUGUCAGCACAAUGAGCAGCAGCUCUGUAUUGUCGUCAUUAUCAGGCGUGGAUAUUGACGGAUAUGACAUUGAUGUUUUGAAUGACAAGACAAUUCCCAACAGGCAAAAGUGGCUGGAUCUACGUCUGCGAGGAGGGAAAUCAAAGAGAGGCUUAUUGCCGUUCUGCUUGAAAGUGCAAGAAAUGAAGUGAUCCUCUAGGGAUAUUUAAUGUGAACCAAUGAUUAAUUUAGUCUGCGUGUGCAAAUCAAUUUAUAAAUUUUAACAUGAUAAUUACUAGUUGUAAUGCGUAAGGCACUGAGUUUAACUACGAUUUUUAGGCAGUUUCUUGUGGGAGACGAGUCACGUGGACAAAAUUUUUCCAACAUGAAAUAUGCGCAGUUUUUCACUGUUCUCCGCUCAGCUCAUACAUAGCUGUGGUCAGCAAAUUGUUUUGCGAAGAAUCCGUCUUUUGUUGUACAGGGUAUUUUGAAGUUUCCUUGUGAAGUGGAUUUAUUUAUUCUGAAGACUGUGGAAGUUUUUCUCUUAACUUAUUUUACAUGCACUUACUGCUUUGGAGUUGAGGCCAUUAUAAAAUUGUUUUACAUGCUAGUAAUAUAUUUCUUGUUGGUAUUUAACUUAUUUGUUGUAUAUAAAUCAUCACCAUGAUAUGAAGUUUAUUAAGCAAUCGUUUGAUUGCAUUAAUUAUGGACAGCAAAAAAGGCCAAAAAUUAGGCAUCAUUAAAUAAAAUGGAAUUUAUUAAUUAUUUCAUACCCAGAGAGAGGUGAACUGGAUAGUAUUAUUGUGAUAGUCAAUUGAUAAAUUAUGUUUGUAGCUAAGAGCUAUCACUAUAGGACACCAGUGUUAGAGGCUAAGAGAGCUGUGACAUUCCUUUCAGUUAGUGCUGAUAGCUUACUACAAGCACCAGCUACUUCCAAAGUGAUGUUAUGUACUUUCUUGGGCACUACGAAUUGAAGCAAUAGUCAGAGGAAAUUUGAAGAUUCCAUCAAAACUACCAUAAAAUUCAGAAUUUCCAAUAGGAACACUGACAACUCAUUGAGGAUUAUGGUAGCUGCAUCAGCUGUUGCCUUAGCCUGCAUAUCAGCAGUAUUAUUAGCCUGCGAGCAGGCUCUCGUACAUUGCGGCAGGCGCAAAGUCAAUGAGCAAAAUGCGAGAGAGAUGAACUCUUGCUUUGUUCACCAAUGGCAUUGCUUGUGCCACCAACGAUGAGAGGCUGGGAGCAGACUACAGUUACUGUAUUAUGUGCACGAAUGAUGGCAUAGUUUUGGUGGUGAUACACUAGUUAAUAUAUUUUUCAGUAUGUCCCAUACUUUAAGGAAUGAUACUCAAAGUGCUACAUGCACAAAUUUUAUUAGUGUUCAAGUACAAGACUUGUCAAAAUACUAUUGCCAUUGUUUUAAAUUUAGACCUGUUUAUGUGCAGUUAUUUCCUUCAAUUAUAAUUGAGAGGCAAUAUCAACAUUUGACAAGAAAAUGCACCAAUCAUAUUUUAAACAAUGUUACCUGUGUUCACUUGUGGAGGAAAGCCACCUCCCAUAUUUACACAGCAAUACAUCUGCACAGUUCAGCAGCCUGCACUACUUGUUGUAAACUACUAUACAAGGCUAGCUACAGACAAUCAAUAACAAAGUUUUUAAAAUGUAAUAUUAAUAAUUAAUAGUUCUGUAGUAAUAUUGUAUGAGAGCUGUCAAAUUACAAAUUAUUAAAUUGAAAUUACUUAACGUUUGGUUUAAUGUGAGAUUUUUCACCAUUCAUCCCUAUAUACUACUGACAUGCGCAUAUGUUGGUAUGGUAUGCUAAGCAUGAAAUUACCGGUGCAAGAAGGAAUUGUGGUUACCACUGACAGCUUGACGAUGUACUGUCAACAAAUUUAAAAGUGCUAUUCUGGUCUGCUUUGCAUGACCUUUUCUACAAAAUCAGUCUACAGGAGAUAAUAAUUAUCUCUAUUACUAUGAUGAUGAUGAUGAUGAUGACUUUUAUUAUCAUAUUUAUUAUUAGAGAGACUUUGAAAAAACUUGUAUGUCUGUAGUUUCACCCUCAUUUCAGGCAAUUUAGGUGAUAAUUUGGUAUGUUUUAGUUUAGCCGUUUUGAGAGGGUUGUCCCAAAGUGUAAUGGACAAAACAGUGGCAAACUCCUGGAUCCCUUUUCUUGCCCAGCAUGUUUUGAUUAGCUACGUUUUCCUGUGGGUAUUGCUUUAAUAUUGCCAUUUUAACCAUUUCAGGGUUGCCACAGAUCAGGAAAUGGUCAGGAGGAAAAAACUUCAAUGUCUGGGAAAGUUGAUAUGUUGAAGAAAAGUCAGGAAAAAUCAAUAUUGUAACACUAAAGGCUGGAAGAAACUCAGGUCAUUGUGAUCUCAGCGAUGUUUUCUUUCUUUUUUAUGAAGCCAAAUUUGUUGAAAACUUAUCAGUCUUAGUGAACAGGUGGAAAGAGCAGCUGUAGAGAGUAUGGUGAAAGCCUACUUAUCUGACAACCCUGACUUUGUUGAAUCUGUCACACACAAAACCUUCACAUUUCAUCACUCUAUGAGAAGAAAAAUCCUGCUACAGCUACCAAUAGUUAUCGGAAGUGGCUCUGGUCAUCAUUUUCUUUGGAUGAACGUUAUUUUUCUAAAACAGAAUAUGUAUUGUGAGAAACGGUAGGUUAUGAUUGUGUACACUUUCAUAUGAACACUCCAUAAUGUUAUUCAGGAUGUUUUUAAAUUUUAUUUCUGGAUAAAAAAACCACUACAAUUAAAUAAUUUCUCUGGUUAACAAUGAAUGUAUGCAGAGCCAGCUACUAUUACAAACCCCGCAUCAAAGGAAGGCCACAACAUAGUAUUGAUCAAUAAAAAAAGGGAACUUCAUUUGUCUUGUGACUGAAUCAAGUUUAAUUUAAUCUCGAUCUUUCCCUUGAUCUCUUUGGUCACUGUAGCAAUAAACCAUGCCUUGCCAAGAAGCAAAACAAAUCCAUAUCAAAACAACGUAUGCAGCACAGAGUGUGCAAGUUUUGUUCAAAACUAUUAGUAUUCACAUUCAUAAAAGAACUGUAGGAAUUAUUACUUUACAACAAACCUCACUUCAUUGUGGCUGCUGUCAUUGGUAUUGCUGUUCUACAAAAUCCAACUGUUACUAAGUCCUUCAAUCGAGCAAUGUUUUUAUUAAGCUUCUUGAGUUGAGAUCAGAGGUGAAUACAUGGCAAGAACACUUGGACUGAACUAUAAAUGUCAAAUGCUGCAUGGGUUUGCACAAAGAAAAUCGUUGUUGAAAACACGUUUCAUUUCUACAGUAUUGUGGUCUUUCUUUUGUUUGUCAUUCUAAACAAUGUCUAAUGCACUCUAAAGCUCUGUGCACGAGUCUCCUUUCUGGCAAUUAAAUUAAUCACACUGAAUUACUUCACAAUGGAUAAAACUUGGUCCAAAAGCAUUCACAAAACAGUCAAAUACAAUCUUUACAAUAAUAAUUAUUUCACAUUAAUCUCAAGUUACUGGUGAUUACUUUUACAGUUACACAGUAACUAAGGGCAUAAUAUAAUAUCUUACAAACAGUAAAAAUCUUCUCCCUAGUCAGUUGAGCUAUGAUUGUUCUAUGUUAUUUUAGUUAAUUGAUUUAUAACAUGAACACUUUAUUUUCUAAUUUGAAAUGGUAAAAUCAACUAUAUGUGGUAAUAUUAAAAGUCUAAAUAUCUUUGUGGGUUAUGAACAUUUGUGUAUACUCAAAUUAUCUAUAAAUUUUGUCUUUUUGUCAACUAUUUUUUGUCUGCCAAAAUGAUUUUAGUUAAAUAACCUUCUACUUAUAUACUUAAGUCAUUACCAGUCCUUAAAAUUUCAUUACUUAAUAUCAUCCCCUUUACAAAUAAAACUAAUGGUAUACAAGCUUCGUGGAAAAUGCGAUAAGCUUGAUGGUACAGCCCUUCCAACUGAGGCCAACAAAAAUGUUCCCUGAACAUCAUGUGUUUUCUAAUCCAAUCAUCAACAAAAAUUGCUAAGAAAUAAAUUGGCAAUCUAAAGAACAUGGACCUCUUAAGUAAAUAACCAGUCUUAUUUCAUAACAAUCUGGUCAACGCUUUAUCCAUGCAGCAACUAAUUUAUUAAUUUUUUUUGCCUCAAUUUCUUGGUGAUUACUCCAUUCAGAAUGUAAACAUUCACCCUAUCUUCUUUCUUUGCCUUCAUGUAAGAAACUUAAAUGCUGCCCCAUUACUUGGUGGUCACUGUCCAAGCUACUUUAUGUAACAAAAUGACCACCUGCCAAAUUAUAUAACAACUAGUGACUCAUUAUGUAGAAAUGUUAAUAAUGAAUUAUUGUAGCGAGCAAGUUGAAAUUAUGAUACUGUUUCCAAAGUUUUGUGACAUCACAAAAGCUCAAUAAUAUUUAAUGUUGUAGUUAAAAACCUUUGUUUUUUUUUGUUUUUUUUGCUCUAACCUUGAUCUCAACCUCAGAUACUGAAUGACUGCAAACAAGCAUCACAACAACAGGUAUAUUAUCCCAAAUAAGGAUCGUCAACAUAGGCUGGUAAAAACACUAAUAUAAACUACAUUUAAAUAGCACAAUUGGCUCUGCACAAAUCUAUUGAGCAGAGCACUUUUUUAAAUUGAUAAUAGACACACAAGGUUAAAAAGCGUUGUUCUCAAAAGAUGAACAUGUUGUUAUACCAUAAAUACACUGCUGAAUUUAGGAUGAAAAGAACAUUUAUACUUUCGACAAAACACACGCAGUUAUUAAAUGUUUACAUUUUUCUGGUUAAGUAAUAAUUUGCUUAUCUGCAGGGUGAACGAGAAGAAUGUAACAAGUACUUUGCAAAAAAUAAUUCACUGAGAAGUGAUUGUCAAUUUGUGAAAUUUUAAGGAAGAUGCUCUAUUUCUGGGGAAAAGUUACAAGGUAAGCAUGCUAAACAAAGUUUUGGAGUUUAGCUCUGUUCUAGUUGUGAACUUUGAGUCACAGAAAAUCCACUGUCAUAUGACAAUGAAAGUGACUGUUCUAAACCAAGUGAAGAUCUCUUAUCUGGUACAGUUCUAAACUGAAUUGAAUCGGGCAAAAUUUCCACUACCAUGCACAGCUGAAUUUUGCAAGAUCAACACCAAAAAUUUGAUAACAUUUGACCCAAAGCUUCUGCAUGCACACCUCCUGCCACUUGUGUUCUAAUUAAAAUUAUGAACAACUGUUUCUAUCAGAACGAAA